CAAUUUUAUGACCAGACAAAAAAAAAAAGGAUUUAUAAUACAUAACAAUUUUGUUAGGUAGUAUUUAUUGGUUGUUGAAUUGCAGCAGUGUUGUUAUUGGUAAAAGAAUUGCUGUAGCAUUGAAAAUAAUUAAAGUUUAAUAAUAAGAAGAAAAAUGAGAGAGAGUAAGGACAAAGUUGAAGGCGUCAAAAUCUAAUUAACAACUCAUGAUUUCCUGUGUAGAGUGUAACCACAAUGUUAUUUUUAGAGUAAUAGCUAUUUUUUUUAGUGUGAUCUCACCUUUUAGAGCAACAUCGCUUUGCUUUUUCUUUUGACUUCACCUUCCACUUGUUGGAUGAAAAACAACUUCACUCACCUGCUGCACCCCCAUCAUCAUGUUGUUCGUGAUGGCAGGGGAACAUUCUCCCCCUUAAACCGGGUCACAGUCCUGAGCAGAAUCUUCCAAACUCAUUGGAGAAUAUAACAUUACAUAACAUAUAGAGAGAGAGAGAGAGAGAGGUUGAUGAUCAAAGAUUCAAAAGAAAAGUGGGUAUGUAUGUUGUGUAGGAAGAAUGGCAGUUAGGGAGGUUGGGUUGCUUCUUGAAAGGGUUUGUUGUAUGUUAUGUAGACUGUAGAGAAAUGGGUGUGAAAGUGACUAUAUAUUGCUUUCUUAUUGUUUGUUUGUUUGUUGUAUCAUGUAUGCUGUGAUGUAUCUAAUGGAUUCGAUUCGUGCUGUGUCGCUGGCAGCUGUAGCUUUCCUUGAUCAUCUUGUUUACAUCACUUUGAUUGCAAUCAACUUGUUCCGUUUUGGGUGAUGGGAAGUCACGGCAAAGGAAAAGACGGCGAAGGCACUUCUGGACUUAAAGAUGAUGACAAGUAUGAACCACAAUUGAGAUUCCAUACCCCCACAGCAGCAGCACCACAGCGGCAAAUGCAAGAUGGAUAUGUAGAAAGAGUGGUACAUCAGAGAUUGAAACGUGUGAAUAUUACUUGGAACCAUCCAGUAAGCAGGGAUGUUGCUGUUAUAGGAUCAUGGGACAACUGGGAAACCAGAGACACCCUGCACUUGCAGUCUCCCCCUCAUCCUCAUGCUUAUGCCAUUGUUAAAGCACUCCCAACAGGUAUCUAUCAUUACCGUUUCAUUGUAGAUGGUUAUCUCACCCAUGCUCCAGAAUUCCCCUGGGCUUUUGAUCAUUCUGGUUUCCCCUACAACAUCUUGGAUUUGCAGGAUUAUAUUCCAGAAACGGCUGCAAGGUUAGGUGAUGCCCAAGAUCCUCCAUCCCCACCAUGGACUUAUGAUAACAUGCUCUUAAACGACGACGAAUUUGGCAGACCUCCGCCGGAGUUACCACCACAACUACCACUGACAACAAGAGAUGACCCUUCUUCUUCAUCCACGGUUCUCCCUAGACCCUCCCAUCUAGAACUCAAUCAUCUAUACAUCCACAAAACCGAUGGGGGUGACUUCGCCGCCCUGCGUUCGACGGAGAAGUUUGGACAGAAAUAUGUGAGCAUGGUGUUGUACAAGUCCCUGCCAAGGGAAAGAUGAUCAAAGAUUUUUGAGUUUGUGUAUUGUGUUUGAACUAUGUUGGGCUCAUGAGACCAUUUAUUUGUUUGUUAACGUCAGUAAUGUAGUACGUAGGUAAUGAGCAUUCAGCAAUCAGCAAUGUAUUCCCCUCUUAAAAACUGAAGGGAAUGUUAUUUAUUUAUUAUAAAUGAUCAUUUAUAUCCAUAAAAGAUGAAAACACUGACAUAUGUACUCACACUAUAUCGAAACUAAACUUGUACCCACGCAAGAUGCCAUCAGUGGGUAUAAGUUUAGUUGCGAUUUAGUGUGGGUACAUAUGUCAGCAUUUUCAUCUUUCAUGAGUACAAAUGGUCAUUUAUUCUUUAUUUAUAUACACAAAUACAAUACAUAUUCAUCUCA